CUCUGGAGAAGACCGGUGCAAAGGAUGCUCGCAUCAGCACAGGAGGUUUCGCCGCGCAUCACCUUCAAGGGCACGCCGUUCAUCCCCCCGACCGUGAGCGGCAAGGGCAAGAGCACCCUGCCGCGGAAGAACUCCGUCGCGUGGGAGAUCCAUCCUGCGAACCGCGCCAAGCACGGCCACCCUGCCAAUGGCAUGUCCUUCGGCGUGCAGGAGAAGAGCUGGAGUGACCAGCGGGAGUGCAACGGGUGGAUCUCGGGCAGCUGNGAAGCUGAAGCCACCGGAGCGUGGGGUCGUCUCUACGUGACUUGCUUCAAGAUCUGCGGUCUCACGCUCGCGCUCUACGGCAGCGAAGACCACGCCUGGUGCGAGAACAACUUCGGGGAAGACUACCGCGACCUUCUCGAGGAGCAGCACGCCGUGUGGCUCGCUGAGCACCCCGACAUGACUCUCCCGCCGCUCAAGCUGCCGAAGGUACCAGGGGGGUUCGACUCCAACCCCAUCACGGCUGCUCAGAAGGAGGUCGAGGGGAAGCUGCUGCCCUACGUCGCUGAUGAGAGCGACAGCGAGGUGGAGGUCUUGAAGGGCGACAGCGACGUGGAAGUCGUGGAGGGGCAGGGGGGCGGGGGCGCCGAAGGAGAAGUAUCGAACUUUGAAUCAUAGUUCUUUGAAACUGCCAGUGAGAUUGGAUGUUUUUGCGAUGGUAGAGGCGCGGGCAAAAAGAGUUCAACCCGCCUAGGAAGUACAGUAAUAGGACGUUGGUAGCUCGUAGUGGUAGUUUGGUGUGAUUUUUUUGUUCUGUUUUGGUUUCAUCUGCGUUUAGAACUGUUGAGUGGAUGCCGUUUGCCGAUUUGCCGAUCUUGAUUCUUCAGAACGAAAAGAAGAGAACAAAGAGUACAAAUACCACAUUUUUGAACAUCGUCAUGGUGCCAUGGGCAGCAGUAGCAGUGGAGCACGCGAUUCAAGCUCCCACAGUAUCCGGAAUUUCCAGCACAAUAUGCUGGUGAAAGGGUAUCACUUUUACCGCCAAACCUCACCGCACAUAUCGGCGUCUCCGCACAGCGUGCGGAGACGACGAAACCUGUGUGAUAUCUAGCAAAUCGUUCGGAACCCGCUUUUUUUCCGCACACCCUGCGCCAAGACC